AUGUCUAGCAAAAAGAAAGCGCAAGGACGGGAUUCACGGAGGGAUGUUGUGAACUUGAUGCUUUUUGGUUGCCACUUUCGACUGUGCGUCGCUCGCUUUUCGGCUUUGAUGCUUCGCCCGAUUGCGCAUGUUCGCGUCCUUGUUGACUGCUUGGGUAGGUUGCUUCCGACGGAUGCGGUAUUUCCCAGGUGUUCGUUGCUCCGUUUACCUUGUAAUAUUUCGUGCUGUUAUUCCCACAAGAAGCUGAACGACAGCAUGUUCGCGUCCUUGUUGACUGCUUGGGACGCUGUGACGCACUCGAAUAAGCGGGAAAAGCGCCGAGUUUCUGUGCGUUGGAAGGCGCCUAUCGGAUCAUCCGGCGAAGUUUCGUUUAGAUCUCGUGGAAAUUGA